GAAGGAGGCGCUCAGCUGGACUGCAUCCAGGGAACAAAGCUCUCUCCCUCGCUCUGAUAAACGUCCCCUCAGACACUCGUCUACAAAAACAAAACGAAGAAGAAGAAGAAGUAGUGUCUACACAAGACUUAACUUAUCAUCAACAGAAAAGGUGAUGGCCGUGUCAGUCUCCAGGGAUCUGUCAGUACAGGUGCUGGAAGACCUGAAUGUUGUCAAGCUGACUGACAUACAGCAGGUACUGCGGGCUGCCAUCCAGAAAGGAGAGCCUAAAUGUCUGGGGGUUAGUCAGGUGAUGCUAGGAUUGCUGGGGAUGUCCUACUCCAUUCCUCUGCACUGCAUCGAGUUCACUGAGGUGGUUGCCCUGGGAGUUCCUUGGUGGAGCGGCCUAAUGUUCAUCACAGCAGGAGCAGUUGCUAUCUUCUUGGACAAACACUGCACCAUGAAGAUUCUGCAGGUGUGUCUCAUGGUGAGCAUGGCGUCUGUUGUGCUGUCAGUGGUGGCUGUGAUCAUCUACUCUGUGGACAUGGACAGGAAUCCCGAGGAGCCCUGCCUCCAAACAAGCCAUGACAUCUGUGGAGACAAGCACUAUGCCUCGAGGCUGAGCAGAGGAGUGAAGUCAACUCUCCUUCUCUUCACUCUGGCCCAGGCAGUCAUCGCUGCCAUUCUCUCUUUCCUUCUCUUCAGGCAGAGACGGAGCUUUGUGCCAUACACCUCUCUCACUCAUCCUGUGCCACCCAGUCCAACAGUGCUUAUAACCCCUGACCUGAACUGAUCAGUCAUCCAAGGGACAGAUCACUUCUCAUUAAGAUUGAUCAGCUGUGCCCUGAUGAUUGAAAGUCUUGAAUUUGUCCAUCCACUUCUGCGACACAUUUACUCAUCUAUGACUCAUUUACUCUGCUCCCUGAAAUACCAACACUAGCUUUUUCUUUUUUUCUUUUCCAAAGUGUGUCAGUUAUGUCUUCAGCCAAACAUUCAAACACAGUGACUCUUAAACACUGGAUUAAUGGUUCCUGGAUGGUGACAUUACAGUCUAAGUGCAGCAGGCAUUUGUAUCCAAGUUACAGAUGAAGGGCAGCUAAAGACUCAUCGCUCUGGUAUCCUCCUCUAAGACACAACCCACACCACAUCAGCCUUACUUUUAUAUAUGGGAUUUUCCAUAUGCAUGUAUUUGGAGUGUUCAACACUGUCCACUGCAUACACGGAAUGUGUGGAAAUGCACUGCAUUCAAAGGAAACAAUGGAGGCCCUGUUUUGUAAUUAUGAUUUUUGUAUCUCACAGAUUUCACAGUUGAAAGAACCUGAUUUUGUAAUGAAGACAAAAGGUUCAGCAGUUUAUCCAAAUUAUAUAAGAAGCCUCACAUGUUGUAUAAAUCAGCUUCAUGCUUUUGCUGCAGAAACAGAAACAGACCUGAUAACUUCUUUCUUUUUUCACAGUCCAGUUAAAGGUUUCCUCUCAACUUUGGAACAUACGUCUGUGUGUAACACAAAGUAUGCAGUGUUGCUUGCAGUGUUUAUAUUUCUCUCAGAUUAUAUUACAUUUUAAAAAUAUAUAUAUAAUUUUAUAAAAAUAUAUGUUCAUCCA